ACCGUUAACCUGCCCGUAAAGUACAACAAAAUGAAAGCGGUCGAUUAAAUGCGCUGUUUCGUAACCGCUCGAACACGGAGAUACUUUGGCGGACGAGUCGCUAUCGUGUCGUUUUUCUCACUGGAAGCAUCUAGCGGGCCAACCUGACAGACAUCGGGCCUCGUCGUCGUGGCCCAGCAGGACUCGAGUGAAGUUGGGAGCGGACUGCCAAACUUCUGCUUCCUCCAGCGGCUCUCCGCAGGGCCCGGGGCUCCUGUCACCGGCCCUGUGGAUGAGGAAGUGAACACAAACCCAAUCAGCCCCCAGGAGAAAGGAAUCCCUUUGAUGGGAGAAUCCUCUUUCCUGGCCUCCUGGGUCAAUCGCCGUGCCAUGAUGAUGGAUGAGCAGGAGGCGCUGAACUCGAUCAUGCAGGACUUGGCCGAACUGCACCGCUCCAGCCGUCCUGCCAUGUUCCUGCCGGACCUGGGCAAACCCAAAGCCUCCUCGCCCAAGAAUCAGAACGAUGUGAGAGUGAAGUUCGAGUUCAAAGGGGAGAAGAGGAUCUUGCAGUUUCCUCGACCCGUCAAGCUGGAAGACCUGAGGGCGAAAGCCAAAGUGGCUUUCGGCCAGACGAUGGACCUUCACUACACGAACAACGAGUUGGUGAUUCCGUUGACCACUCAGGACGACCUGGACAAGGCCGUAGAGCUGCUGGAUCGCAGCGUUCACAUGAAGAGCCUGAAGAUCCUCCUGGUGCUCCAGAUGUCCUCUCAGAACUCUUCCUCCAACAUGGACCUGUUGCCGUCCCACGAGGAGCUGGACAACACGGGAUUCAGGGUCGCGGACAAGAAGAGCAUGCUGGCUUUGAUAGGUUCCCACUCAACAGACCGCAGCUCUCCUCCUCCAGGAUACAUUCCCGACGCUCUCCAGCAGGUGGCGAGGAACGGCUCCUUCACCAGCAUCAACAGCGAGGGCGAGUUCAUCCCUGAGAGCAUGGACCAGAUGCUGGAUCCGUUGUCGAUGAGCAGUCCGGAGAACUCUGCGUCUGGGAGUUGUCCCUCUUUAGACAGCCCACUGGACAGUGAUUACCCCAAGUCCAGGAUGCCCAGAGCUCAGAGUUACCCCGACAACCACCAGGACUUUACAGAGUACGACAUCCCCGUGUUCGAGAAGUCGGGGAAAGGAGGGACGUAUCCUCGCCGCUACGGCAUUCCCUUCGGCCUUCAGGACUACAGUGAUGGAAGGAAGACUUUCCCUCGCGCCCGGCGAACGCAGGUCCACGGCUUCCGCUCGCCGGUCAGCUUCAGCCCGACCGAGCAGUCGCCCAGCACCAGCAGCGGCAGCAGCGUCUUCACCCCCGACCUGGAGGAGGCCCCGGGGCCCGCCAGGAGGCCGCGGAGGGGCAGCGACAUCGAGCCCAACCCCAACCCGACCGCCGCUCCCACCCUGUCGGUCAUGGACAUCAGCCCGCCCAGCCGCUCUCCUCGCGCUCCGACCAACUGGCGGCUGGGGAAGCUUCUGGGCCAGGGCGCGUUUGGUCGGGUUUUCCUGUGUUACGACGCCGACACUGGACGGGAACUGGCAGUCAAACAGGUCCAGUUUGACCCAGAGAGUCCCGAGACCAGCAAGGAGGUGAGCGCGUUAGAGUGUGAAAUCCAGCUGCUGAAGAACUUGUGCCACGAGCGGAUCGUCCAGUACUACGGCUGUCUGCGGGACACCAUGGAGCGAACGCUGUCCAUCUUUAUGGAGUACAUGCCCGGGGGCUCCAUCAAGGACCAGCUGAAGUCUUACGGAGCGCUGACGGAAAACGUGACGCGCCGCUACACUCGGCAGAUCCUGGAGGGGGUUUCCUACCUGCACAGCAACAUGAUCGUCCACAGGGACAUCAAAGGGGCCAACAUCCUCCGCGACUCCGUGGGCAACGUGAAGCUCGGAGACUUCGGGGCGAGCCGGCGGCUGCAGACCAUCUGUCUGUCGGGAACAGGCAUCAAGUCGGUGACCGGGACUCCUUACUGGAUGAGCCCAGAGGUGAUCAGUGGGGAAGGUUACGGCAGGAAGGCUGACAUCUGGAGUGUCGGCUGCACCGUCGUGGAGAUGCUGACACAGCGACCCCCGUGGGCGGAGUUUGAGGCCAUGGCAGCCAUUUUUAAAAUCGCCACCCAGCCAACGAACCCGGUUCUGCCCGCCCACGUGUCGGACCACUGCCGAGAGUUUCUCAAACGGAUCUUCGUGGAGACGAAGCAGCGGCCGUCUGCAGAUGAGCUACUGAGGCACAUCUUUGUACAUUAAGUUUUAACCCCCCGCCCGCCCGCCCGCCCGCCUGCCGAACUGCCAAACACGGCCUUACCUGAUGUGGCGGUCCCGCCUCUGACUCCGCCCCCUCCACCUUCACGCUGAGGCCACAUUGGACCAGGACGAACUGGCUGCCAGAGGAAGGUGGGGUGUGCAGGCGGUUGAACAUCCUGUCUCUGUUUGUAUGAGACGGCCAUAGAGGACAUGAAUUUUUAUUUUAUUUUUCUCCGCAAGUUGCACCUUAAUUUCUGGGACACGGAGGGGUCGAGCGCCUCCUCCUGAAAAACGACUCUUUGGAAAAACGUCUCCCUUUUUUAUGUUUGUACGGUUUCUCUCUCGGAGUGUGUCGGUGUUGUGGACCUACAGGAAGUGAUGCCUGACUCUGGAGUGGCCCCGCCCCCCCAUCUCGCUGACCCGACCCCAGAAUGUAGUCUCCUGCCAAAACCCAGAGCGACGGCGAUGACCUGGGCCCGCUGCUAUAGACGAAACGAAACCCCAGAUGCAGAGAACACUCCCCGAAAAGUUUCCACUCGCCUGCCCUCAUCCCUCGUCUUUGUCCGCUCUGUUUUUCCGAUCAAGCUCUGCUUUCGUGUCCGCCUCCUCCUCCUCCUCCUCCUCUUCAACCCCCAUCUUCGUUCUUUGCCGUGUGCCUUUUCUGUUUUUAAACGCAGUGUAGGAAUGAGUCUUGAGUUGUUUUGCCUCCCGGAUAAACUGCCUUCGCACCGUUUAGCCCAAAAGCAGCUGAUCUCAGUUCAGCCGUGACGUCCGUUUCUGCCUUUUUUCUGCAACAGGGACUCGUGAUAUUGAGCAGGGGUCGUCCUGAUCCCACCUCAGCUCAUCCGGUUCGUUUGCCUGCUGUACCAGCUCCUCUGGCUGGCAACCAAAUAUCCCUCAGACCUUCUGUUCGAAAAGCCUGCCGUGCUGGUGUCGAGGCGAAGGAGGAGGCUCGCUCGUUCUUCUCCCGCAGCUUCUCAAAGUCCUGGGCGUCCGGUUGGUUCAGCUCUCGUCCGGGCGGAUUAAGAAGCGGGUGAACGUUGGCUUUUAUUGGUUCUCGUGCAGCUCAGACUCUGGCAGAGCGUUUCGUUUCAGUCGCAGGGUGUGUGAGGGGAAAGAAUCCCAUCCUGAAACAUGAGAUUGAGGGUUUAAUAAGUGAUCGAGCAGUAAAAGUUGUGCUUCUGUGAACAUCUGCUGUUGAAGGUAAAAACAUGGAAGACAAGAUCGGGCUGAAGAAUUAACCUUUGAAUUGAGGAGGAAACAACUGACGGUCAUAAGUUGCUCAAAUAUCUGCAAAAAACCAGUUGUUCACUACUUGAAUUUUUCCGUCUCCGUACACGACGAACCACUUCGACGUCUAUCAGAAGCUCUCAGUCGCUCUGUCGUCCGUCUAAUUUCAAACUGAAGCGUCCGACGUGAAGCGCUGCUCCCCGUUCAGCCGGCCGGUCUCCUCCUGCUUCCUGUUCUCCGUGGCGGUGCCAUGUCGUGUCGGACGUCCUGCUCUCUGUUGGCUUUCAGCUCUCCCGCAGGUGAGACUCACCUGAACAUGUUUACAGUCUCACAGCGCUUCGUUCUCAUCAGCAGUCAGCACUGCAGUCGCUCUUCUUGCCAAAUCAGAUGCAUCCACGUCAACUCGUCACUUUAGCCAAACCACAGCAUCGACUCUAUGCACACACCGGACAGCAGGACCACCUCGUCUUUUUUUUAUUUUAAUAAUCGUCGGCUCAUCUUGUUUUUGUUGUAGAGAAUUAAUGUUUCGUCAGCAGCCGAUCAAACAGUCGUUGCUCAAACUGUCCCACACUGAAGAAGUCGUUAUUUAUCACACACGCCCGAAAUAUUCCCAAAUAUCAGCAGAAGAAUCUGAAUCGUUUCGCUCCACGGUUUCAUAAACAGACGAUAUCUGAAGUUGAACUUUUUUUUUUUGCAGAGCAGGUGAUGGAAAUAUUUCUGCUUUUAAAGGUGCAAUCGUAAUUUUUUUCUUUCUUUCUUUUUUUAAUAUUUUGGUUUCCAAAAUCUUUCGAGGCCGAUAAACUGAAGCUGAAGUUGUGAACUGGGUGUUUUUUUCGCUGCUAGCUCCUCGAUGAAACGUUAGGGUUGUGACGGUACGUGAAAUUAGUUUGUGGCACUCACUGCGCAACGCAUACAUCAGCCUUAAAGCGACCAGACUUUGGUACGACUAAACCAACUGUUGUUGUAGUUCCCUCCGGUGGCCACUAGGUGCUGCUAAAGGGUUGACUGAUUGCACCUUUAAAGGCAGGCGGAGGUGGAUUCCUUCACACCAUGUUCUCUGAAGGCACUUAAACUGGUCCACGAGGUUCUGUUGCUCUGUGGUAAUGAACGAACGCGAAGCCGGUACGUCCACACAGGUGGUGGAGCCCUCACAUUAUGCAUUUUCACCGCGGUACCACAACAGGAAGCGAUCGCUUGGGAUCCCGUCAUGGAAGCAUUCGUGGUUGUAUUGAGUUUGAGGCGGCCGACAGUGACCUGUCUGGUACAGAUGGAGCUUGGAACGCCGCCAGCACUGGUAAACCUUGAUACGCACUACCAUUAUGCACUAUCGAUUAUUCACUGAUGCUUUUUCACGGCUCCUCGUCGCUCGUGCAGCUCGGUUCAGCGACCUUUUCUUUGCACAUUUAAAAGACUGUUUUUUUUAUUUUUUUUUAUUUUUACUGUGUGUGUGUGUGUGAGAGAGAGAGAGCAGGUGUGUGUGUGUGUGUGUGUGUGUGUGUGGAUGGUUCGGUUAACCUUUACAUGAAUGUAACGUGUCAUUUUUGCCGUCAGGUGGCCUCGUUCACCACAGUGGAUUAACUCUUCGGUACCAGUAUUUGUCACCUGCAAACGCCAAGAUACACCUGUAGUUCUCUCUUUAGUGUCUAAAGCCACUGCUGCCACUCCCGUGUGUGUGUGUGUGUGUUGUGUACGAUUGUGUGUGUGCGCGAGAUGUUUGUGUGUUUGUGCAUUUACUGCAGAUUGUGCUCAUUGGACACUGCGCCCGAAAUGCCUUGAGCAUUCUGACUGUAGGGGGAUGAGAACAUUAAAAUGACUAUAAAAUGAAUUUAACACAAAAAUCUAAAAAAAAAAUAAAAUAAAAAAAUCAUGUACAAAUGUAUAAAAUUAAAUUGUACGCCUUUCUUUUUUUUUUUUUUAAAGGAAAAGUACACUUAUAUCCCACCUGUUUGUUCUGUGUAUUGUAAAAGAAGCCAUGUUUAUAAUUCUAAUUGGUUUGUGACCAAUACGCCUGUUUAUAUCAGAUCUGUAUAUCAGUGGUACGCAUAAUUUUUUAAUAUAUAUUUUUUAUUUUACUUUUUUUUAAAUGGGAGAUUUUAUGCAUGGUUGGGUCCUGAGAGACGCAGCGGUGCCGUUGAAUGGUUGCUGUUUUUUGGCAAAAUUCUGGAGUAUUGCGACAGCUCUGUGUUCAUAAUUACAGCAAUUAUGACUAUGAUGAUGACAACAAUAAAAGAUAUUUAUUUCA